CUCCCCCUCUCUCUCCCCCUCUCCGGAGGACCGACUCGCCACACGCCGACUUUGUCCUGCACACGAGAUUCGGCCGAGGCCCCCCUUCACUUUGCCGCAUUUGUGUCUGGGAGGCCCAUCCCCGCCCCGUCAUGUCCCUUUAGCUGCCCUGCGUGAUGCCUGAUCAUGACAGCACCACCCUCCUAACCAGACAGACCAAGCGCCGACGUGUCGACAUCGGGGUGAAGCGGACUGUGGGCAGCGCACUAUUCACCCACGCCAGGGAGACCCUGCUCAACGCCAUGAAUCAAACGCACGGCCCCGACCAGGACGGAGACUGCGCGCUGGUCAGUCACGGCCACGGGGGCCACGGGGGCAACGGCGGUGACGGGGAGAAGUCCAACGUCCUGAGGAAGUUGCUGAAGAGGGCCAACUCCUACGAGGACUCCAUGAUGCCCUUCCCCGGGGCCACCAUCAUCUCCCAGCUGUUGAAGAAUAACAUGGGAAAGAACGGAGGGAGCGAUUCAGGCUUCCAGGGGAGUGGUACUCUGUCCAGCGGAGGCUCAGAGAUCCAGGCAGAGGAUGCCUGCAGCAACUCCUCCUCCCGUGACCAGGACAGCCCUUCCGACUGCCUCUCCCCGGGGCCUCCUCUCCCCCCUCCCCCCUCCUCCUUCGGACGGCCUCCCCCACCUGCCGCCAGCCUCAACACCCACCCUCCUCCCCCGCCGCUCUCCCUAUCCUCUUUCGACCUGGAAAGGCUGUCUGACGAGCACCUGCGGGCCAAGCGGGCGCGCGUGGAGAACAUCAUCCGCGGCAUGAGCCACUCGCCGCUGGUGCGUCAGAGCCGAGACGGCGGCCACGAGAGCGACAGGAACGGCAGCAAAAGCAAUGGCAACGGAAGUGGCACCGCCGGCGGCGGCAACAGCAAAGACCAUCGGGGGGAAGACAGUGGCGGCGGCGGCCACAACGGCGGCCACAGCCUUAACCACGGCCACCGCGACUGCCCACCGUCGCUCCUGGGCUCCCCGGGGUCCCGUGGCGGUGCGGCCGUCACGGUCGGCGAAGUGUACCGCGAGAACAAGCGGAAGCAGCGGCUGCCCCAGCAGCAGCACAGCUUCACCCAGCUGGUUUGUACCCGGCAGGAGCAGAGACAGGAGGAGAGACGGCAGCUCAAACUGCAGCUGGAGGACAUGCAGAAACAGCUCCGGCAACUCCAGGAGAAGUUUUACCAGAUCUAUGACUCGGAGACAGAGGAAGAGGAGGAGAACGGAGAGAGCGGAGAGCUGGACCGCGGAGGGGAGAGAGAGGAGGAUGGCAACCUGUCUGAGGACAGCAUCCGCUCUGACGGCCUGGAGGAGCGGCACCGCGAGAGGAGCCGCCGCCGCAGCCACGACGAGUUGUCCGAGCUGGACCCGGGGCUGUUCCUGGACCGGGCCAGAGCCCUCCUCCAAGAACAGGUGCUGAUGGACAGAGACAUGGAUGAGGAAGAAGAAGGCAGGGAGGAGGAGCAGAGGAAUGGCGAGAGGGUGAUGAAGAGAGGAGGAGCAGCAGGAGCGGGACGAGGAGGAGGGAGGCAGUUGGCGGAGACUCUGAAGCAGGAGCUGAACUGCGCCGUGUCGCAGGUGGUUGACACCGUCGUCAAGGGCUUCUCCUCUCCAAAGCAGACCACCAGUCAUCACCACAGUCACCACGGCAACACACCCACCGCCCCUUCCUCUUCCUCCAACUCCUCCUCCUCCUGCCCGCCGCCCUUUGGCCCCCUCCCCUCCCUCACUCCGGACUCCCGCUUCGGGGGUGGAAGCAGCGCCCUGGCCCUCAGUCUGAAUGGCGACGCCAGCCCCGCCCCCAACUACCACUCCUCCAAUCAGAGGCUCCACUGCUUCGGCGACGUCAUCGUGCCCAGCCCACUGGACUCCUUCAGCGGGCUGAGCAGCCUGCCAACUCCAAACGACCAGACUGAGGCGCUGCCACUAGUGGUGCGCAAGAGCGGUGCUGGAGUGGGCGAGGGCAACAACCCCUCCCUCCCACCACCACCGCCUCCCCCGACGCACCAUCCCUCCCUCCACCCAUCCCCACUCUCUGCUGCCUCACUUGGGUUCAGCCCGCCGUCUUUUCGCCACCCCUUCCCUCUCCCACUCAUGGGCUACCCCUUCCAGAGCCCCCUGGGAUCUCACGGCGGCGGGCCCGGCUACCCUCCGGGGCCCAAAGACCACCACCGCUCAUCCCCCGACUCCAUGGACAUGACCCGGGAAACCAUCAGCCUCAGAACCAAAAUGGCCGCCCUGGGAGGGGGCCAUCUCAGCCACCACCUCCACAGGCAGAGCUCCCCGAGCCAACAUAGCGGCGGGCCUGAGGGCCUCUCGCUCUCCCUCAUCAAGUCCGAAUGUGGGGACCUGCAAGACAUGGCCGACAUAUCACCCUUCUCAAGCAGCACCAUCCAGGAGGGCUUGUCUCCGAACCACCUGAAGAAGGCCAAGCUCAUGUUCUUCUACACCCGCUACCCUUCCUCCAACAUGCUCAAAAUGUACUUCUCUGACGUCAAGUUCAAUCGCUGUAUCACCUCCCAGCUGAUCAAGUGGUUCAGUAACUUCCGUGAGUUCUACUACAUCCAAAUGGAGAAGUUCGCCCGGCAGGCCAUCAACGAGGGGACGACCGGUGCCGAGGAGCUGGCGGUGGGCCGCGACGCCGAGCUCUUCAGGGCGCUCAACAUGCACUACAACAAGGCCAACGACUUUGAGGUACCGGAUCGGUUCCUGGAGGUGGCACAGGUCACCCUGCGGGAGUUCUUCAAUGCCAUCGUGGCCGGCAAGGAUGUGGACCCAUCCUGGAAGAAGGCCAUCUACAAGGUGAUCUGCAAACUGGACAGCGAGGUCCCUGACAUCUUCAAAUCCCCAAACUGUCUACAAGAGCUCCUCCAUGACUGACUAGGGCAGCAGAGAAAGGCUCAAAUUCGAGACAAAUCUCAGAGGAGUGUGAGAAGACUCUGAGGAGAGCGCACAAAAAAUGCCGAAGGUGUGUGUGGGGGGGGGGACUUGUUGGAGGUCUUCACCGCAAACGGAAAAGAUUUCAAGAUGUUUGAUGACAUUUGAGAACAGGGAGGAGAGCAAGGAAGUGACCGUACAACCGAGGUGUCCUCGGAGAAAUUCUUGUUUUGGGUGGCCAAACUUUUACAGACAUGAACAAGGGUGGUCAAAACUGACCCUCGUUAUGUUACAUAUAUAAUAUAUAUAUAUAUGAAAAGAAAAUCCUGUUGAGCGACGAGGUAGGAAACUCAAGAUUCACCAUCAGAUGACAAACAAGCUAAUGCGGUCGAAGACUUUUACGAAUCAAAAAAGCGAAGGAGACGCUCCUCCCUCCCUUUGCACUUAAUGGGGAAGAGCUUCCCUGCGACGUCUCCCCGUCUCCCUUUGACCCUUCACCUCCUCCAAAGCUCCCCCUUCGCUCAUGUCUGAAGGGACAAAGGGACGAGGAGUGCGGUGAACGAGUCCUCCGCUGGGAGACAAGAGAAGAGAAGAUAAUAUAUGGAAUCUUUUUAUUGUGGAUGUUUUUAGGUUACUCGGACAUUUUUGAAAAGUGAUGUUUCUGUAUUAUUUUUUUCCCCUCCUUUUUAUGGACUUACGGCGUCUCUUCUACAAAAUGCUUGGUGUCACACACGCACACACACACAUACACACACACACGCAGAAACACACUUGUGUGCGCACAUACUACACACAGGAGCACAUGAACAGGCUUUAGCGUGUACACACACACACUCACACACACACACACAUCUUGAAUAAAGCACAGUAGCAUUCCUAAACCCCCGGUCCUGACCCGAACCUAGAAAAAAAAAGACUUACCUGUCGUUUAUUUUCCCCUAUUUUCCUCCUCUUUUUACUUCUUCCUCUUCUUCUUCUUGUACCAAGACUCACUGGGUGUUUGUUUUGACUGUGUGGCUCCCUACCCAUCCCUGGCCGCCCCUCUUGGCACGCAUUUCAUUCACGGGGCCCGAAGAGCAGACGCCCCAAAAGCACGUUUGACCAGAAUCAGGCAACAUCGGUCAUGAAACGCCUCUCCACUGUCGGCGCCAUAGCUUCACGUUACUACAACAACUAAACUAAACACCAGCCGUUCUGCUGCAACACCAGAUAGACAGGCUAAGAACCUUUUUAUUGUCCUCUCUUUUGCACCACUAGGAGCACAGAGGGAUAAUCCGACUGUAGUUAAUGUCACGUACCUUGACUGUUGAGUUUCGGUUUGCCUUUUCAGCCCCACUUCAUUCGGCGUGAUCCGGAAUAAGCCUGCAUGACCCUGCAAAGGAGUACGCAGGUAAUUAAAAAAUGCAUGGAUGACUCUACUGUAGAGCACCAAUGAAUGCCAAUGCAGAAGAGGUGCAGGACGUGGGGUGUUGUAAGACUUCCCGCGCUAGUUAUUUCUACAUCUUUAGCGAUGAUUUUACUCAUCUUAAUGUUACUCGCGUGCAGGACGUGCGUUUCGUAUCAUGACCGUUGAGCCCCAAAAAGUACCUAGUCACAAUCCCAUUGUCUGAUUAUUGUUGUACUAGACUGCCGUUAUUUUUUACAAUCAGAAAGGAGACAUUUCCAGUAAGAAAAGAAAAAAAACCUGACAAAGACAGGUAAAGAAAUACGCAUAAAACUCGACUUCUCUGGCGGAGGGAAAAUCUGCUCCCUUGAAUGAAAUAUCGAGAUUUAAACGAGAGGAAAACGCGUCGCUUUCGUUCUUUUAUCCAAGGCGCUUACGUUACUAAGCAACCAAAAACUGCGCCUUGCGAUGACGUAAGCGACUACGACACACAUGCGACAUACGGUCCAAAUCACAAGCGGCCUGGGGCGGUCUGUUGAUUUGGCCAUUUCGUGCGGAAACGCUGCGGUGAUUUAGCAGUAAACCUCGCCGACCAAACCAACUUCACUUAGAGAAAGGCGGAAACAAAGAUCAACGUAUUUCCAGCGCCAUAAUCUCCCCAUAGUAGCGUCACUGCUAGGUCCGCCAUGGGCGGAAGGGGUGGAGCAAAUCCCGUGAAGCUGAUUGGCUAAUCCUUGUCACGUCAUCUGCGGCGCGUUCGAAAAAUAGAUGACGUUUCCCCCCCAGCAAAGCGGAACAAGAACGUGUCGCACGCGUUUUGGAGUACGUUUGUCGCGCGUCUCUUUGGAAAAUAAUGGCAUUUUGCGCGCAGAAGACGCAACGUGUGUGAGCGGCCCCUAAUUUUACACGUUUUAAAUAAUGCAUUUUGGAGAAAUGACGCCCGGGCCAGGCCACUCGACCGGCGGUUCAGAAUGGCACGUGGGAGUUUGGAUCUGCGUCUUUCUGUGUCUGCAGAGUGAUCCGCACUGGACCAGACGGGCCAUUUCAAUUUAGUCUCAUAAAAUACAAUCCAUGCACGUUACAAUAUGAACAUCAGAGCAAAACACCAUUUGAACAAAACAAAACAAACACAACAAUCCCCUCAACAUCGCUCCCAUUCAUUCAUAGGCAUUUUUUGUUAGUGUACGCAACAACAACAACGACAGCACAUUUUUCACUUCAUGGGUGCCCUACCCCGGAUGGAUGCCCCGGUGCAACCUAUAGACAGCCACCAGUUCACUGCAUGCACACUCUAAACCUGCACAGCUUGGCGUCCUUAAGUCUUUCUCAGUCCAACUCCAUCCAUCGUUCACAUGUUGAAAUGUACAAAUGCUGAAUUUCAUCCUUCAUCUACUUCGUCCCGGGUUAACAACUCACAAAUGAUAGCUGGGUGAACAGGACUUGUUUCCUCCGUCUGCUCCGGGCCGCCCAGGGGGGGCCUCCUGUACCGGCCAGGCCCCGUGUGAAGUGUUCUCAAGGUUUUAACGGCUGAAAAAAAGAAAAAAAAGGAGAGAGAAAAAAAAAGACAAAUGACAACAUGCUGAUAUUUGUAGCUUGUAUAGAUGUAAGGAUUACUCGGAUCACUCUGACGUUAUUAUUUAUAAUUGAAAUAAUUAUUCCUAUUAAUGUUAUUAUGAUGAUGAUGAUGAUUAAUGCUUGCUACAGAUUUGACCAGUGGUUUACUCAUUGUUUAUCCAUCACACUGCAACGAGAAAUAAAUUAUUCUUUGAAAAAACAAACAAA